AUGGCUGUGUCCUGGAGGAACUGGCUGGCCAACGAAGGGGUUAAACACCUCUGCCUGUUUAUCUGGCUCUCCCUGAAUGUUUUGCUUUUCUGGAAAGCCUUCCUGCUGUAUAACCAAGGGCCAGAGUAUCACUACCUCCACCAGAUGUUAGGGCUAGGAUUGUGUCUAAGCAGAGCCUCCGCAUCUGUUCUUAACCUCAACUGCAGCCUUAUCCUUUUACCCGUGUGCCGGACGCUCCUGGCUUACCUACGAGGAUCCCAGAAGGUUCCAAGCAGGAGAACCAGAAGAUUGUUGGAUAAAAGCAGAACAUUCCAUAUAACCUGUGGUGUGACUAUAUGUAUUUUUUCAGGUGUGCAUGUGGCUGCCCAUCUGGUGAAUGCCCUCAACUUCUCAGUGAACUACAGUGAGGAUUUCGCGGAACUGAAUGCAGCAAGAUACCGAGAUGAGGAUCCUAGAAAACUUCUCUUCACAACUGUUCCUGGCCUGACAGGGGUGGGCAUGGUGUUGGUGCUCUUCCUGAUGAUUACAGCUUCUACGUAUGCAAUACGAGUUUCCAACUAUGACAUCUUCUGGUAUACUCAUAAUCUCUUCUUUGUCUUCUACAUGCUGCUGAUGUUGCAUGUUUCAGGAGGGCUGCUGAAGUAUCAAGCUAAUUUAGAUACCCACCCUCCUGGCUGCAUCAAUCCUAAUGGAACCCACUACCAGCAUGUUUACUUACCAGACCAUGGCUCGGAACAUUUUCAUGAAUCUUUCCCUGGAGGACCUUCAAAACCAGAUGAACUUACCCAAAACAGAUCCGUGAACAUUUGUAUGGAAGAGCCUAGGUUUCAAGCUAAUUUUCCACAGACUUGGCUUUGGAUUUCUGGACCUUUGUGCCUGUAUUGUGCUGAAAGACUUUACAGGUGUAUCCGGAGCAAUAAACCAGUAACCAUCAUCUCAGUCAUAAGUCAUCCCUCAGAUGUCAUGGAAAUCCGAAUGAUCAAAGAAAAUUUUAAAGCAAGACCUGGCCAGUAUAUUAUUCUACAUUGUCCCAGUGUGUCUGCAUUAGAAAACCAUCCAUUUACCCUUACAAUGUGUCCUACUGAAACCAAAGCAACAUUUGGGGUCCACCUUAAAAUAGUAGGAGACUGGACAGGAUUUGGACCAUUACAGGAGGUCUGCAAAGCCUCUGAACAGAGCUCUGAAUCCGGAGGAGUAAUAAUGGGGGAGAUGAGAGAAAGCGUAAAAACCCUGAAGCAGGCAAAUAUUUGUGGUCAAGGACCAGUUAAAAGUGCGUUGUUGCUGGAACUGAGACAUGAAGUAGAAUUUGCACUUUAUAUGAGUCACCUUGCUGGUAUUACACAGAUUGGCAAGGACAAAGACCAGGAAGCAGACAUGAAUAAAGAAGGGGGCAGUACCAUAAUUACUGUGGACAGGAGAUGUACUUUUCGAUCUCUAGGACUUUGCACACGAGAGAGAGAAGCCCUCUCCGAGGACAGGGAGGCUUGUCUCCUGUUCACUUCCAUCAUCUCCAGAGCACCUGAAAAGCUAUACAUUGAUGGUCCAUUUGGAAGUCCAUUUGAGGAAUCGCUGAACUACGAGGUUAGCCUCUGUGUGGCUGGAGGCAUUGGAGUAACUCCAUUUGCAUCAAUACUCAACACCCUGCUGGAUGACUGGAAACCAUACAAGCUUAGAAGAUUAUAUUUUAUUUGGGUGUGCAGAAACAUCCAAUCCUUCCGUUGGUUUGCAGACUUACUCUGUGUGUUACAUAACAAGUUUUGGCAAGAAAACAGACCUGACUAUGUCAACAUCCAGCUGUACCUCAGUCAAACAGAUGGGAUACAGAAGAUAAUUGGAGAAAAAUAUCAAGCACUGAAUUCAAGACUUUUUAUUGGACGGCCUCGGUGGAAACUUCUGUUUGAUGAAAUAGCAAAAUGUAACAGAGGGAAAACUGUUGGUGUUUUCUGCUGUGGACCCAAUUCAAUUUCUAAGACUCUUCAUAAACUGAGUAACCAAAACAACCCAUAUGGGACAAGAUUUGAAUACAAUAAAGAAUCUUUCAGCUGAAAGCCUUUGAGAGGAACCAGGAUUCUGAACAAGGAAUGAGUGCAAUUUCUAAGACUUUGAAGCUCAGCUGAAUCAAGUAGCUGUGUCAUGCCAAAGAGUAGCAAGGUUUUCUUAUUUAUGAUUAUUUAAAAUGGAAAUGCAGAGGAUGUGGCAAGAUGACAGGUCACAUUACAUGUUUAAUCUGGAAACCAAAGAGGCCCUGAAGAAUAGUUGCUGUGAUGAUUCACUUUUCAGUGCUCAAAUGAAAACAAAACUAUUAGAUGCACACUGUUGAUUUUUAUGGCAGAUUCAAGAACUCCCUAGUGAGGUGCCUCACUUGCUCACUGUGAGGCUGAUAGCCUUGGUCCUCUUUGAAUUGUUUUUGGUUGAACAAAUGCAAGAUUGAAUGAAAUUAAAAAUGCAUUGAAACUCAGAUUACAUUUUCUACGUGAGUAUAAACAGAGUAGUUUUGAUUUAGGAAAGCUCCAGACAAAUGUAGUAGAUGUUUGAAAAUACAGCACAGAACUAUGUAUUAAUACGGGUACUUUGUGUCUCCUCUUCCUCACUACUGACACUAAUACCUCUAUUUGAUGUCUGUGGCCUUAAUGCUGAAUGAACUUUGGUAGAUGUUGAUAGAGUAUCUAUUUUUAUAUUUUUCUUUCUUUUUU